AUGUAGUACAAUGUCACAUGGCCGACACAUCCCUUCUGAGUGCAGUUCGAGGACAAUCCAAAUCGGUUACUUUGUGUAACAAGGCCCUGAAACGAAUACCUCCACUUCUUUGUAAAGUAACUGGUGCAAAGCAGCUGAUCCUGAAAAAUAAUAAACUAAGAGAACUUCCCUAUGAGUUAGAAAACUUGAGAGACUUGCAGUUUGUGAAUCUCGGUAACAAUGAGUUUGUUAAACUCCCUCUGGUGCUGGGAUGUUUCCCACUUAUAGACACACUCCACAUCUUCAACAACCAACUCGAGGAACUUAACGGGGAAGUGAUCAUAAGAUUGUUCAACUGUAAACUUCUCAAUGCUAACAAUAAUCAGAUAUCUGCAAUUCCGCCAGAGAUACGUGGGAUGAAGAGUUUGAAGAUCUUGUGUCUUGAUAAAAACAGGAUAUCAGUCAUACCACCGGAGAUAUUAUCUUGUAUUGAGAUAACAGAGUUACAUCUGGGAAAUAACAGGAUAAAAGAAUUGCCACGAGAAUUGGGCUAUCUUAAGAACCUCAAAAAGUUGAUGAUAUAUAAGAACGAAUUAUCUGAAAUUCCUGAGGAGAUUGGUCACUGUCAGGCUCUUCAGAUUCUAGACAUAUCCUGCAACAACAUAACGAUGUUCCCUGAGGGAAUAUACCAUUGCUCACUAUCUGAACUGCACUGCGAUGAAAACCCUUUGUUGGAGCACCUUCCUGUACUCAGUCAGAAUGUUAACGAUGUCUUUUAUUUGAAGGAGUUGUGUGCUCGGAUGAUUCUGCAAUCUUUCAAAGACCGCAACUCCAUCCUCCGCAAACAAGCCACCGUCCGUCCGGACGUACUGAACCUCCUGAAAGACGCACGGAAAUGUGUCCUUUGUGAUAAAUCUUACCUUUUCUCCUGGCUGGAAUGUGUUCAUUUUGUGGACGCUAAAGCAGUCCUCAAACUGUCAAACAGGGCCGGGAACAUUCCUAUAAGAGCUUGUUUGUGUUCGUACGAAUGUUUUUAUUCGGAGAGUCACAAUUACUUUGCUGUGUCGUACCCCACGUGACAGGUACCGCUCACUUUUGGAUUACACCGUCAUAUUCAUUAUUCAUAGCAGUAGCUAAGUUUGUAUAAAUAAUACGGGGUUUUAGAAUGGUUUUAUAUGUUCGUUUUCGGGGAUUUGAUAGUAAAUGUGAACUAUGGUAUAUUUGCUAACGUUUUUAUUUGGACGUUUCAAACUUGGCAAUUGAUAACGAACAAGUGUUUAAGUGUGAUGUUGUACUAUCUUUCAACGAUCCUCAUCCACCA